GGUUCCCGGGCAGCCGUCGCCAACUGGACUCUGCCGCGCUCCUCAUGCUGCUCGUGGACGCCGAUCGGCCGGAGCCCGUGCGCAGCGGGGCGCGCGAGCUGGCGCUCUUCCUGACCCCCGAGCCCGGGGCCGAGCUGAAGCCAGUAUGUUGACAGUGCCAUGAAAGUUAUUUACCGAAGUUCACCAGGAGUUAUGUAGGGCCAGAAAGUCAAGCCAUUCUCUCUUUAAAUCUCAGAAGCAGUACAGAAGUAUUUAAAAUAAAGGAUCGAGGAGCCGCUGAAGGGCGGCAUGUUGAGAUGAGUCGGCAGGCAGCGGAGGUGGAGGAGACCGUCGAGGGCUUGCUCCUCAGGCUGGAAGAGUUUUGCAGCCUGGCUGACAUGAUCAGGAGCGAUACCUCACAGAUCUUGGAGGAAAACAUCCCCCUCCUUAAGGCCAAGGUGAUGGAAAUGCGUGGCAUCUACGCCAAAGUGGACCAGCUGGAGGCCUUUGUCAAGAUGGUCGGGCACCAUGUCUCCUUCCUGGAAGCCCACGUGCUUCAGGCCGAGCGGGACCACGGGGCCCUCUCACAGGCCCUGCGGAAGUGGCUGGGCUCCUCGGGGCUCCCCGCCUUCGGGAACUCGUCACGUCUCCUUAGCCACCUCUGGUUUAUGACGGCUUCUCAGACUCUCCUUGUUUUUGAUGACCUUGACAGUUCUGAGGAUUAUUGGUUAGAAGCUGUGGACGCCGGCGGCCCCGACCUUCGAGCUGCCCGCGUUGUACAGAACCGAGGACUAUUUUCCUGUGGACGCCGGGGAGGCAACGCGCCGAGCCCCCAGCUGCCAAAGGCGUCUGUGAGCCCUGCGGUCCUGCCGUCAGGGACACCGGGAAGUGAAAUCUGUGUGCCGCGCAGAUUGUUCGUUUUGUUUUGUUUUGUUUUAUUGUUGUGGAUGCGUUUUCUGAAUUUUCCCCCUUGCUUCACAUGGGCCCACAGGGUUUGGAGAAGCAUUUAGGACCCACAGGUGGGCAGUGCCUCAGAGAUGAGCUGGAGAAGGCCUUCUCCACUGGCGUUUGUCCUGCCUGGUGUUCUGGACAAGGUGGUCACCCAGGGGGAUGGGCUGUGGGGCCUUGGAUUUCCCUUUGCCUUGGAAGGGCUUUGCACAGACGUUGUGAGGGGCUCGCGCGGUGCCCCCAGGGUGCGUGGCUCCAGGUCCAUGCGUGUCGGCCGGUUUGUGUGAACCCCGGUGCCCACUGGCCCUGUGAACCGUCUCAAUAAACGUGUCCAGGUCGCCUGGGUGUAAAUGUU